AUAUACUCUCUUAUUUUGAAAAGUAAUAUCCUUUAAGUUGCCAGUUAUUCAUUUACUUAACUCUUCUCCACGUUUACCAGGAAGUAAAGACUUUAUGUGUCAAGUAAAGUCUUUUUUAAAUGGGCAGACUGGUUUAAACGCCUCAUUUUAAGUCUGCUCAGACCAGAUUUACAAAGAAACAUUAGCUGGAGCGACAUUCUUCCAUCUAUACAGAAAGAUUAGACCCAGAGGAUGGCCGAGAAGGUGUUGGUCACAGGUGGAGCCGGCUACAUCGGGAGCCACUGCGUGGUGGAGCUGAUCGAAGCAGGCUACCAGCCGGUGGUGGUGGAUAACUACAGCAACGCCGUCCGAGAUGGAGGAGAGGGGAAUGUGGCAGAGAGCAUUCGAAGGAUAGAGAAGCUUCUAAACACCAGCAUUGAAUUUCAUGAGCUAGACCUUCUAGAUCGACCUGCACUGGAAAAACUCUUCAAAAAGCACUCUUUCAGUGCUGUGAUGCACUUUGCCGGCCUGAAAGCAGUCGGGGAGUCGGUGGAGCAGCCGCUGCGUUACUACCGAGUCAACCUCACUGCUUCCAUGAACCUGAUGGAGGUGAUGCAGGCUCACAAGGUGCACAAUCUGGUCUUCAGCAGCUCUGCGACGGUGUAUGGAGACCCCCAGCACCUCCCCAUAGACGAGCAGCACCCUGUGGGUGCGUGCACCAACCCCUACGGCAAGACCAAGUACUUCAUAGAAGAGAUGAUCAAGGAUCACUGUAAAUCUGAGAAGGACUGGAAUGCUGUGCUGCUGCGCUAUUUCAACCCUAUCGGAGCUCAUGCCUCAGGUCAGAUUGGAGAGGACCCUCAGGGCAUCCCGAAUAACUUGAUGCCUUAUGUAGCUCAGGUCGCGGUUGGGAGGAGACCAUUUCUCAAUGUAUUUGGAAAUGACUAUGAAACAGUUGAUGGAACAGGAGUUCGGGAUUAUAUCCAUGUAGUAGACCUGGCAAAGGGACAUAUAGCAGCUCUGAAGAAACUGAAGGACAACUGUGGAUGCCAGGUUUACAAUCUUGGCACAGGAAAGGGCUACUCUGUGCUCCAGAUGGUGAAAGCGAUGGAGAAGGCUUCAGGAAAAGAGAUUAAAUACAAGAUUGCACCUCGUAGAGAAGGAGAUAUAGCGUCCUGCUAUGCAGACCCCAGUCUAGCUGAGAAAGAGCUUGGCUGGACAGCUGCCUUUGACUUGGAAAGAAUGUGUGAAGACCUGUGGCGCUGGCAAUCCAUGAAUCCCACUGGAUUCACCAAUGGCGUACCCUCUUGAUGCAUCUGCAGCUGCUUCUUUGGAAAUCACCCACAUAAAACUUUGGCUAUAAACUGUUUCAAGAUAUUUUAUACACGAGGAAACAUGUAUAAAUCUCAUUUUUCUCCUUGCAAUUCAGAUUUAAUAAGGGAUUCUUUACAAAUGGAAAAAUAAAUAAAUGUUCCUACAGAAUAAAUCACUUUCACCGUUUCAGUUCA